CAAUUUGAAAGCUCUCCUCUGGUCACUCGGAGCAGCCGCCGCUCAGAAGACCAACGCCACCACGAUCAACUCCGCUUGGUGCCCUCAAGGUGUGAUAGCACAAGGGUGGUGAGGUUUCUUCCCAGCAUGCCGCUGGUCCCACCGCAUCGCAGGGCCACUGUGCCCACAGCAGUCUGGAUCCUUGCUUGUGCUCUGUUCCUUGCUCUCCAGGGCGCCGCUCAUGCUGCUCCAUCAGGGGACAACCAGCUGGUUCGUACCACCAGAGUGAGGCGACAGACCCCGGGGGGGGAUCAGCCCCCCUCCGAUCCCUCAGCCAACGAGAGCCUGCGGGAGCAACCCGUGGUCUUUAACCACGUCUACAACAUCAACGUGCCCUUGGAGUCAUUGUGCUCCGUCGAGCUGGACGCCUCCGCACCGCCGGCCCCAGGGGAUGGUUCUCGUGCGUGGUUGUCCAGACCUUCUGUGGAGGGACCGAUGGAUCCCAGGGGACCAACCGAAUACACGGAGCAGACGCUGGAUGCAGACAGCCAGGUAACAUUCACUCACCGUAUCAACAUCCCAAAAGCUGCAUGCGGCUGUCCACCAACCACCACCAUCCAGCAGCUUGUCAGCAGGGUGGAGAUGCUGGAGAGAGAGGUGUCCCUGCUCAGAGCUCAGUGUGGGUCUGGGUGCUGUGGGGAGAGCUCUGCCAUGGGUCAUUUGGACUUUGUCCCAGGCUGCAACGGCCACGGCAGCUUCAGCUUCGACCUUUGCGGCUGCAUCUGCGAGGAAGGUUGGGCCGGCAAAAACUGCUCCGAUCCCCACUGCCCGGACGGCUGCUCCGGCCAGGGCGUGUGCGUGGACGGGGAGUGCGCGUGCGACCGCGACUUCGGAGGCGACAACUGCUCGCAGCCGCGGUGCCCCUCGGACUGCUCGGGUCGCGGGCUCUGCAUCGACGGGGAGUGCGUGUGCGAAGAGUCCUUCACCGGUGAAGACUGCACGGUCGGGAGGUGUCUCAACGACUGCUCGGACCAGGGGCUGUGCGGCAACGGGACGUGCCGGUGCCGGCCCGGCUACGUGGGGCAGGACUGCUCGCUGGUCUACUGCGCCAACAACUGCAGCGAGAAGGGAGUCUGCAAGGAGGGAUUCUGCGUGUGCCAGGAUGGCUUUGCGGGAGACGACUGCAACUCUGUGGCACCGGCCAUGAAUGUGAAGAUACGAGACGUGACCGAUCGCACAGUCGAAGUGGAGUGGGAGGGGUCUGUGGUGCUGACGGACAUCCUGGUGACCUACACGCCGAGCAGCCCCGGAGGGGUGCAACUAGAGAUAAGGAUUCCAGGAAAUACCACCAGCUGCACUAUCUCCGGCCUGCAGGCCGGCGUGGAGUACAACAUCAACGUGUUCGCCGUCAUUAACAACAGCAUCAGCGUCCCCGCCGGCGUCAGCGCCUCGACCUAUCUCUCCAAUCCGGAUGGUUUACUCUUCAAAUACAUCACAGAGACGUCAGUGGAGGUCCAGUGGUUGCCCUUCUACUAUUCCUUCGAUGGAUGGGAGAUCAGCUUCAUCCCCAAGGACAAUGACGGAGGGAUGACCGCACAGCUGCCCAGCACCAUCACUUCCUUCGUUCAGACUGGUUUGAGACCAGGGGAGGAGUACACUGUUAACCUGGUGGCGCUCCGAGACCAGGGUCGAAGCCAGCCGGUCACUGCUACGGUCAUCACGUUGAUCGAUGGCCCCACUCAGCUGGUCGUGCGCGACGUGUCGGACACCGUGGCCUUUGUCGAGUGGACACCACCAAAAGCAAAGAUUGAUCAGAUUGUGUUACGUUACGGCCUCGUGGGAGGAGAGGGCCCCCGGACCACCUUCCGCCUCCAGCCCACGCUCAGCCAGUACUCCCUGCAGGUUCUGCGUCCCGGCUCACGUUACGAGGUGUCCGUCAGUGGAGUGAGAAAAGGAAAUGAGAGCGGCUCUAUUUCCACUGAAUUUACUACGGAGAUCGAUGCCCCCAAGAACCUGCGGCUUGUGUCCAAGACCUCCACCACCCUGGAGCUGGAAUGGGACAACAGUGAGGCCGAGGUGGAGGGCUACCAGGUGGUGUACAGCACGCUAGCAGGAGACCAGUAUGAUAAAGUCGAUGUGCCGCGCGAUGAGGGAGCCACCACGAAGACCUCCCUCACAGACCUGCUGCCAGGCACAGAGUACGGGAUCGGCAUUUCUGCCAUGAAAGGUAGCAACCAGAGUACGCCGGCAACAAUGAACGCCAGGACCGGUCUGGAUGUGCCCAUGGAUCUAACUGUGAUGGCGUCGACGGACAACACCAUCACCCUGGUGUGGGGCGUGGUCCAGGGCCCCAUCGACCACUACAAGGUCACCUACACGUCCUCUUCUGGCGUCACUGCUGAGCUGAAUGUGCCUCAAGAUGUAACCACCACCACACUGACCGACCUGGAGCCCGGGACUGAGUACACCAUCACGGUGGCAGCCAGAAGAGGAAGGCAGCAGAGCACCGCAGCUACCAUCGACGCAUUCACAGGAAUCAGGCCCGUUACCCACCUCUACUUGUCAGAGGUGACUUCCGACUCCGUGUCGGUGGCGUGGAGCGCCCCGGCACCGCCCGCCGACCUCUUCAUCCUGAGCUACAGCUCCGCAGAUGGGACCGACACCUCUAAGGUGACGCUGGACGGCUCCAAGACGAGGUCACUGGUCCAGGGGCUGCUGCCGUCCACUCAGUACACCGUCAGUCUCAUCACGAUACAGGGGGAUUUUACCUCUGAGCCCAUUACAGCAUCGCUCACGACAGGCAUGGACCCACCGAAAGAGGUGACGGUGUCAGAUGUGACCGAAGACGCACUGACUGUCUCUUGGAUCCAGCCCCUGGCUCCAUUUGAAUACUACAAGCUAUCCUACCAAUCAGAAAGAGGUCGCGUGGACAGCGUCGUGAUCGACAGCGAUGUGACCAACCACACCUUGGCCAGCCUGUUUCCUGCCACAGAAUACGAGAUUAGCCUCAACGCUGUCAGUCGGAGUCAGGAGAGCAAAGUGGUCACCACCUCCGUCUUCACAGCGAUGGACAUGCCCGCCGAAUUGAUCGCUCUCAACAUCACUCCACAAGGAACCAUGCUGAGGUGGAACCCACCGGUUUCCAGUGUGGACAACUACGUGCUGACCCUCACACACAACCAGGUGACAGCUGAUACUUUCCUCGUGGAGGGGAAUAAGCAGGAGCACCAGCUGUCCAACCUAAGGCCAAGCACCACCUACUCUGUUGCCCUCUACGCCACCAAAGGACCCCUGACCAGCGGCACCGUCGUCACCAACCUCCAAACACCCAUGGACGCGCCCCUGAACCUGACAGCCAGCGAGGUGAAUCACCGCAGCACGCUCAUCUCCUGGGAACCGCCCAUCGCAGACAUCGACAACUACAUGCUCACCUACAAGUCAACCGACGGCAGCCGGAAAGAGCUGAUCCUGGAUGCAGAGGACACGUGGAUCCGACUGGAGGGACUGGCAGAGAGCACAGAGUUCACUGUCCAGCUCCAGGCUGCGAGAGGACUUGACACCAGCGCUGUUGUCUCCACUACCUUCUCGACAGGGAGUCGUCUGUUUGCGACGCCUCAGAAUUGUGCCCAACACCUGCUGAACGGAGAGACGCUGAGCGGCGCCUACACCAUUCACAUCAACAGGGACCCGAGCCAGGGCGUGCAGGUGUAUUGCGACAUGACUACUGAUGAGGGAGGCUGGAUCGUGUUUCAGCGUCGUCAGAACGGACUCACAGACUUUUCCAGGAAGUGGAGUGACUAUCGGGUCGGCUUUGGGAACCUGGAGGAUGAAUUCUGGCUCGGUCUGGACAACAUCCAGAAGAUUGCUGCCCAGGGCCGUUACGAGCUCAGGGUUGAUAUGAAGGACGGACAAGAGUCAGUCUUCGCCAAUUAUGACAAAUUCUCCAUUGGAGAUGUAAGAAAUCUCUACAAGCUCCGGAUCGGAGAGUACAAUGGCACCGCCGGUGACUCUCUGAGCUACCACCAGGGCCGGCCCUUCUCUACAAAGGACCGAGACAACGACAUCGCUGUCACUAACUGCGCCUCGUCUUACAAAGGAGCGUGGUGGUACAAGAACUGCCACCGGGCGAACCUCAACGGCAAAUACGGAGAGUCCAGACACAGUCAGGGAAUUAACUGGUACCACUGGAAAGGCCACGAAUUCUCUAUUCCCUUCGUGGAGAUGAAGAUGAGGCCAUUCAACUUCCGUAGCAUCAGCAGCAAGAGGAGGCGGUCCGCCCCCGUAUAAACACACCGCCUCCACGCAGCCCAGAGUUCUGGAUGAAUGGAGUUCGGACAAUGUUUACUGACGCUGCCGCUACCCGUGUGCACCACUGAUGUGCUCUUUGACGCCGUUUAGUGAUGACGAAAAGCUACUAAUGUUUCAUUAAUAUUCAGUUGUAGAAAAAAAAGAAAAUAUCAUAAUUAUUAUUAAUGUACUAGACACUGGAAUAACCACUAAUGUGAUCAUGAAAUAUGAGAAAGGGCGAAACAAUAUCCGAACUCUGUUCAUCAGGCUCCAGCCCGGCUUUAGCUGUCUUUCUCCUGCUGUACUUCUACCCAGAUGAUAGGAUGCUGUAUGUAAUUUAUGAAAUACGUUAAAUGACAAUGGUUCUAUUUGCUGUAAACAAAAAAAAGAAGGGAAAAAAGAGAAAAGAAAAAGGAAAGGCAAACCAAGAAGCUUUUUCUUUUCUUUCAGUCUGAUUUGCAGGACGUGUGCUCAGAGACGCCCUCAAGACUGCGAGAGCUAACAUUAUUUUAACCAUUUUGAAACCACUUUAAUAAUUUUACAAUUAUUACAAUAAACUGUAAAUGCCCUUAAAACCCUUAACUGUAAGAUAUAUAUAUAUUUUUAUAGCUGAUAUUGUGACAAAAAAAUCAUCUAUUUAAUAUGAUUUGAUGCAUUGGUGUUUGAGCCUAUAUUAAGUUAAUGUAAUCGUAAAAACACGACAAAUACUGGACAUUAGAGAGACGAAAUAAUAUCAAAAAACUAAAGUGAACGUCCUGAGUUAUCAUUCACCAAGCAGUGCACCAGCAACAGUUUCAUUAGCAUCUGUGGUGUUUGUUUUAUUUCUCUCCGUCUGUGUUACUGUUGCAUACAGUUUCCUUUGUGUUGGUUGUUUAAAGCAGAAUGAAUAUUAAUUAUUAAACCAUAAUUAUUGGUAGCCACACUGGGAGAAUUUGCACGACAAGUGGGAACACAGCAAAGCUUUUGUUGUUCACUCAAUUCAAUUAUUUAUUGAGUCAUUCAUGGGCAUUUAGAUAUUAUUUCCUCGACUUUAAUAUCGGAGUCUCCCCUGGUGCAGAGGCUGCGGUUGCUUGCAGAGACGGUGCAGACAGAUGGAGCAUUAGAAGCUGGGGGAGACGGUUUGAUUUAGUGGCAUUGCUGGGAAGAAAUUCUCUGAUAACCUUUCAGCAUCGUAUAAUAUCCUGAGGUAGGAAGAUUUCUGAAUCAGGGAAAAGCGAAACCCUUGAAUAGCUGCAGCUCGAUAGGAAUGCCGGUCCUGUUUUUCUUUGCAGCCUUUGGGGCCUGAAGCCCUUUGAGCUGAUUGGCUGUGACUCGAGGCUCUAAAACGCUUCAACACCAGCAGCGCGUUUCAGAGACGACAAAGUGGCGAAUAGUUCUGCUCACCGUCGCCGUCAAGCCAACUCAACUAUUAGUGUUCUCUCCAUUUCAGAAACGCUUCCCCGAUAUUGUCUCUUUUUUAAAUUCUUCCUUCCUUGUUUGGGCGGUUGCUUUAGGUUUGAAGAGCCUUUUUCCUGCACGAUAUUCCACUUUUGAGUCAGGCUUUUCGCCUAAAGGGGCGUGCGUCUGCAUUUGGAGAACAGCCAAUCGGAUCCACCCUCUAUCUGAAACCUGAGAUCUGUGAUUGGUCAAAGUCUCCCCUUGUGGGCUCGAUUUACUGAAGCCUGAAAACAGAGUCGGGAGGAGGUGCAGAAGUUUAGUUUUCUCUCUCUUUUCUCUCUUAAACUAAAAUAUGCCGAAAGGUUAUGACGGAAUUAUUUCCCAAUGAACCCAAAAAUAUAUUGCAUACCCUAUCUUUAACCAAAGAUCUGCAUCAUAACGAAGGAUCCCGUUAGUUUUGUCACUGACGCAGCUUUUUCCUGUAUUCAUAGAUUCUCACUUUUCAGGGACUUUUAUGGUAUUCGUGUCCCUCUGCGUUAUUUCAUGCAACGUGAACACUGCCUUCUAUGCAAAAGAAAGUCAGGCUGGGCAUCGUGCAUAGAUGGUCGACUGGCCUCUCCAGUGCUGCCAGCUGACAGGAAGUAAACAAAGACAUCAGAGCGGCGUGUGAAGACGGUAUUCUUUCAGUCAGGUGGGCUUCAUCCAGUGUUCACAGCGUCACACAAAGAGUUGACUGCCGUUUCCUGUUAGUUCCUUCUCCCUCUGUUAAAGGAAAACAUUUAAGACACACCUCGUAUAACUGGUGAAGUCUCCUCUCCGGCUUCAUACGAUCAAUAAUCAAGAAAAUGUGUUGUCCAAUCCGUAGAAAUCAAUGUCCCCUUUACUGCAAGCAACAUGUGGUCUGAUAUAUAUGUUUAAUAACCCAAAUAUUAACAGCUGGAAAUCUCGUCCUCAAGCAGCCGUCGCCAGUCUGUCUCUUCUUUUCAGUUAUCUUAUUGAAACCAGACAAUCUGGUUUGCUUGUGUAUAUUUUUCAUUUCUUUUUUUGGUGACUUUCCCCUCUAUUAACGACUAAUAUACUCGCGUAGAUAUAGAGUUGAAGAUAAUGUGACUUCAUCCUUAGCUGCAAACUAAUUCAGAUUGCCUUCUCUUAAACCAUGUCCCUUUGAGCGGCUGUACGUUUCACCUUUGUUGUGUUGGCGGGGAGCGGAGCCCGCUGCAUGCUGACUGCAGCGCAAUCAAGAGUCUGAAGGUAAAUAACCAACGUCAUCACAAGAGGUUUGCUCGUGACAUAUUUCUUUGCUGAUCGAGGUAGACGGUUCUCUUGAAAUAGUGUGUAAGGUAGAAGAUGUAGAUGUAGAUUCAUCCGGCCUCUAAGAUGUUGUGCAAACAGUGAAAUGUCCCACAGGCGCAAACUAAAACCAACAUAACCUAAAAUAUAAUCCAUAAGAAACCGGUUUCAACAGGUGACCUUUCCCUGGUCUGAUUUACGGUCCACCGUCAAAGUGACUGUUUCAGAGCCUCUCAUGCAAUCCAUCUCCCACCGUGAUUUAUAGUAGAAUAGGGAAUUCUCCAAGUACUUAUUUCAUUAACUAUUUAGAUGACGUUUGCAUUUUUGUACGAUGGAAAAAGGUCACGAAGCUUCGCAGAAAAGGAACAGGAUGUCAUUUGUGUUGUAACGGCAAACUAUAAGAUGUUAUUAUAAUUUAUUGAAUUUUUUGUUUUCUUCAUUUAAUCAUUCAUCAAAAAAGAAAACACUGUUUUGGUCGGGUUGCCUUGAUAUGGACAUUUUUUAAAUUAGUUUUCCAUUUGUUUAAAAAAAAAAACCUUCAGGACAAAAAGUAAAGCCCAUGUUGUCAUGAACAUGGAAAUCCAUCGUGGAAAGAGCCUGAUUGUUCUUUGGUUUGAUGAUGAACAUAAAUCAAGUCAUUUGUUUUCCUCAAUGCAAGCCAACUAAUUCUUCAUUUUAAAUAUUUUAAAAAAGGGAUGGUGUGAAAAGAGAAUCUCCUCCAUCUUUUUAAAUUAAAACUUAGUCCGCCACUGGAAUACACUCACACCGUGUUACUAUGUGUUCCUACUGAGCUCCAUCUUCUUAGUUAUUCAACUUCUAUUUAUUUUCUAAUUACUCUGACUGUUGCAUCAUUGUGAGAAAAUACAAUCAGUGACACGUGGUCCUCUACGAUAUCAAUCUGAAUGCUUUAUUUCAUAGUUUUACUUUAACAUGUGAACUGACUGAUACACACCCCUGUAUGUGAGCCACACACUAAAACUGCAUUGAUUUGAAAUCUUGCCACGAAAUAUAAAUGUUGACACAAUCUCGACUGUUUGAGAAGCUCAUGAAGUUGAAACUGAGGAUGUAUUGUUGGAUAACCAUGGGUAUCGUCAAAUGUAGCUCUAGUUUGACUUGUACGAUAUAGUUCCUUUUUUAAUACAUUUUCUACAUAUUAAUAAAAUAUUCAAAUUGUC